AUGGCUCCCAGCGCAACCACCCUCAAGGGCCAGCCCCUGGACAAGGUCCUCCUCGAGGCCAUGCUGAAGCGGCGCUUGUUCUACACCCCCUCCUUCGAGAUCUACGGCGGUGUCGCCGGUCUCUACGACUAUGGCCCCCCCGGCUGCGCACUCCAGGCCAACAUCAUCGACCAGUGGCGCAAGCACUUCAUCUUGGAGGAAGACAUGCUCGAGGUCGACUGCACCGUCCUGACCCCCCACGAGGUUCUCAAGACCAGCGGCCACGUCGACAAGUUCGCCGACUGGAUGUGCAAGGAUCCCAAGAACGGCGAGAUUAUGCGAGCCGACCAUUUCGUCGAGGCCGUUCUUGAGGCUAGACUGCGAGGUGACAAGGAGGCACGUGGCCAGGCGAUUGUGGAGAAGGAGGCCGACCCAAAGAAGAAGAAGAAGAAGGCCAAGUCUGAGGCUGUGAAGCUCGACGAUGCUGUGGUGACGGAGUACGAGGAGGUUCUGGCCAAGAUCGACAACUACGACGGCCCCGAGCUUGGUCAAUUGAUCAAGAAAUACGAGCUGAAGAACCCCGAGACAGGCGUGCUUCCAAGCGACCCCGUGGCGUUCAACCUCAUGUUCCAGACCUCAAUUGGCCCCAGCAGCAACCUCGCUGGUUACCUGCGACCCGAGACUGCUCAGGGUCAGUUCCUCAACUUUGCCAAGCUCCUCGAGUUCAACCAGUCCGGCAUGCCCUUCGCCUCUGCCUCCAUUGGCAAGUCCUACCGAAAUGAAAUCUCGCCUCGUGCCGGUCUGUUGCGAGUGCGAGAGUUCUUGAUGGCUGAGAUUGAGCAUUUCGUUGAUCCUGAAGGUGGCAAGAAGCACCCUCGAUUCACUGAGGUUGAGGACAUUGAGCUUGUCCUGCUGGAUCGCGACACUCAGCUCUCUGGCAAGACUGCUACCAAGAGCAUCAAGAUUGGUGAAGCCGUCAAGACUAAGCUCGUUGACAACGAAACACUCGGUUACUUCAUCGCCCGAAUCCACCUGUUUAUGAUCAAGAUCGGUGUCGAUGUGAGCAAGAUGCGCUUCCGCCAGCACAUGGCUAACGAGAUGGCCCACUACGCUGCUGACUGCUGGGACUGCGAGCUUUUGACCUCCUCUGGCUGGGUUGAAUGCGUUGGUUGUGCAGACCGUAGCGCUUACGACCUGAGCGUCCAUGCCAAGAAGACGGGUGCCCCCCUCCUCGUUCGCCAGCAACGUGAAGUGCCUCUCGUCAUCGAGGAGUGGCAGAUUGAUGUUGAGAAGAAGAAGUUUGGUCCCCUUUUCAAGAAGGACGCCAGGACUGUAGAGGGCGCACUGGAGGCCACCACCCAGGAGCAAAGAGAGAAGCUUGCCAAGGAGCUCAGCGAUAACGGCAAGAUUACCUUGGACGUCGCUGGUGUCGGCAAUGGCCAAGUCGAAAUUACUAAGGACUCAAUCAAGAUUGAGUUCCGUAAGCGCACCGAGAACGUUCGGGAAUUCACUCCUAAUGUUAUCGAACCCUCAUUCGGUAUUGGCCGAACUCUCUAUGCUCUCCUUGAACAUAACUUCUGGACCCGAGCUAGCGAUGGUGGCGAUGAAGCACGUGGUGUCUUAUCCUUUCCUCCCAUUGUCGCGCCCACAAAGGUGCUGAUCGUGCCUCUGUCUUCCAACGUCCAGUUCAAGCCCAACUUGAAGAAGCUGUCACAGCGUCUACGCGGUCUCGGAAUUUCCAGUCGUGUAGAUGACUCAUCCGCCAGUAUUGGCAAGCGUUACAGCCGUAACGACGAGCUCGGCACUCCUUUUGGUAUCACAGUUGAUUUCCAGACCCUCCAGGAUCAGACCCUCACGCUCCGUGACCGUGACUCGACGAGGCAGGUCCGUGCCGAGGAAGACAAGAUCGUGGAUGCCAUCAAGUCAUUGGCGGAUGGCAGCAAGACGUGGGUUGAUAUUGAGGCUGAGCUUCCAAAGUUCGAGGGCCAGGAGAUUGAGGUUGCAGAGAGGUGA